GACCAUUUUUGUUAUUUUCUCAAGGAAUAAAAUGUUUUGAGGAACUGAAAAUAUUUCUUUCAAAAUAAAGAUGUCUACGGAAAUACAUUCUUCUUUAAUUUCUACAUCACAAGACGAAAACAAUCUGUUCGUGGACGUACUGCAUGAAGCACCUCUAUCCGGUCAUAGGAAGCCUACGAGCCUUAUUGGGAGUAUUUUCUACUGUUUCUUAUUGGCAAGCUUUGCUAUUUUGGCAGUGGGAGCUACAUGGAUAUUUCAUCCUAUAGAAAGAUUAGUGUUCCCACUUCUUUGCAGUUUUAAUGUUGCCCUCCUUGUUGUCACAGGCAUUAUUCAGCAAUAUUUGGUCUAUCAAGUUAAGAAAAUACGGUUACAGGGGUACUAUAUUUUCAGCCAGAAACUGAAGCAUAUUAUUCGCCUACCAUUUGCUACAAUCGCAUAUGGAACUGCUGCGAUGCUGCUUGUCAUGGUUUGGGAUCCACAUAUUAGCAUCCUCUCUAUGCCGACACUGCUCAGGAUUAUCAUGCUGACAGAAGUAGUAUGUGUUAGUUCUUUCAUGACAGUUUAUAUUGGUUAUGUUCACCAAUACAAUUCAUUGGAUUCCCAACCUGAUGUUUUAAAGUCACUUUAUUCUCCACUUCAACCAUCAAGUUCUCUGGAAGGUUUGAGGUACCAGGACGGCGGUCGACUAUCAGAUCAGCAGAUGGCACUGUUGCAAUAUCAGCAAGAAAAUAUACACUUUUUGAGUGAGGAGAUUCUUGGACUGCAAGAAACCUUAAGCAAAUACGAAAGGUCUAAUGAUGGUAGCGCACCUCAGGUAGAUCUUGCUCACUUAUUGGCAACUCGAGAUCAAGAGUUACGCACACUCAAAGCUGAGAUGAAUCAAUUGCAAUCUGAGCUGAGGCUUGCUCGAUCUAUAAUAGAGGAGAAGGAUGCUGAGAUUCAACGUAUUCGCAACACAAACAAUCAGUAUGUAGAAGAAAAUGAGAGACUUAGAGCUAUUCUGGGAGAAUGGAGCAACCGGGCAGCUAAGCUCGAACGCGCUUUGGAGCUGGAAAGGAUGUCAAACCUGGAACUGCAGAAAAAAUUAACCACACUGAAAAAUCGAACGCGUGAAUAGUUUCAUUCGGACUAGCUGUGCUAGCUGAGCAAGUGAUUAAUUUCUUCAACAGUUAGAUCUUUUGUACUAUUCUGAAGAGAAGGAUACCGUUCUUGGACAUGUACAGAUUAAGCUCAACAAUAGUUUGUUUGAUGUACCAUCUUUCAAACUUUCAGCUUUGUAUAGUUUUUUCCACUACUAUUUCUCCCAUAUCUGUUCUUCCUAUAUUAGGUUGCUUUUGGGAAGAAAUUUUUGUUCUAAUGAUUUGCUUUCACUGUAAAUUAGUCAUGUACUGCCAUAGCCAAAACUUUGAAGGAUGCUUCUCCAAAGACGAUGUUCCCACAUUGGAUGAUAUCGAAAGAUCUGAGGUGGAUUCAUGAUUUUAAAUUUA